CCGCCCGGGCUGCUCCGGGCUCGCCCCAGCCGCCGCGGCAGCUCCCGCACGAGCAGCAGCUUGUUGAUUUCGGGGCUGGCGGAUUUCGCCGGCUGCGGGCUGCACUUUCCCGGCGCCGGAGCCGGGCGGGCAGGAAGCCGCUGGGGCCGCGGCCGAGGCCCGGGCCCGACUCCCGCCGCCGCCCAGCUCCGGGCUCCGGGAGGCGGGAGCGGCACAGCCCCCUCGGGCAGGCUCGGGGCCCGGGCGCCCCUCGCCCACUUGCUCGCUCGCUCCCACGCGCACGCCGCGGCUCAGCCCCCGCCGGGAGCUCGGCUCGGGCCCCGGCGGGCAGCCCGGAGCGCGCGGGAGGGAGCCUGAGGCGCCGCCGCCGCCGCCGCCGCCGCCGCCCGCGCCACGUCCAGGGAGCGGCCGAGGGCCGGGGCCGGGGUCGGGGCCGGGCCAGGGGCGGCCGAGCUUCUGGCGCCGAGAUUCCGGGGCGCUUUGCAUGAAGAUGGCGGCUCCCGCGGCCAGCAAGGCAGGCUCGGGCUCGGGCUCGGGCUCGGGCUCGGGCUCGGGCGGCCACAAGCCCGCCUUCCCGGAGCUCGAUUUCCGAUCGGGGGCCCGCAUCGAGGAGCUCAACAAACUCAUCCAGGAAUUCAGCCGGCACGACCAGCGGGAGUACGACGACCAGAGGGCCCUGGAGAUCCACACGGCCAAGGACUUCAUCUUCUCCAUGCUCGGAAUGGUGCAGAAGCUGGACCAGAAGCUUCCCGUGGCCAACGAGUACCUGCUGCUGUCCGGCGGCGUGCGGGAGGGCGUGGUGGACCUGGACCUGGACGAGCUGAACGUUUACGCCCGGGGCACGGACUACGACAUGGACUUCACGCUGCUGGUGCCGGCCCUCAAGCUGCACGACCGCAACCAGCCGGUGACGCUGGACAUGCGGCACUCGGCUCUCUGCCACUCGUGGCUCAGCCUGCGGCUCUUCGACGAGGGCACCAUCAGCAAGUGGAAGGACUGCUGCACCAUCGUGGACCACAUCAACGGGGCCACCAACUACUUCUUCUCGCCCACCAAGGUGGCCGACUGGUUCUAUGACUCCAUCAGCAUCGUGCUCUCGGAGAUCCAGAAGAAGCCGCAGCGGGGGAUGCCCAAGGUGGAGAAGGUGGAGAAGAACGGCACCAUCCUGUCCAUCAUCCUGGGCGUGGGCAGCAGCCGCAUGCUCUAUGAUAUCGUCCCGGUGGUCUCCUUCAAAGGCUGGCCGGCCGUGGCCCAGAGCUGGCUCAUGGAGAACCACUUCUGGGAUGGCAAGAUCACCGAGGAGGAGGUCAUCAGCGGCUUCUACCUGGUGCCCGCCUGCUCCCACAAGGGCAAGAAGGACAACGAGUGGAGGCUGUCCUUCGCCCGCAGCGAGGUGCAGCUGAAGAAGUGCAUCUCCAGCAGCCUGAUGCAGGCCUACCAGGCCUGCAAGGCCAUCAUCAUCAAGCUGCUGUCGCGCCCCAAAGCCAUCAGCCCCUACCACCUGCGCAGCAUGAUGCUCUGGGCCUGCGACCGGCUCCCCGCCAGCUACCUGGCGCAGGAGGACUACGCGGCGCACUUCCUGCUGGGGCUCAUCGACGACCUGCAGCACUGCCUGGUGAACAAGAUGUGCCCCAACUACUUCAUCCCCCAGUGCAACAUGCUGGAGCACCUGGGCGAGGAGACCGUCAUGCUCCACGCCCGGAAGCUCUCCUCGGUGCGCUCCGACCCCGCUGAGCACCUGCGCACGGCCAUCGAGCACGUCAAGGCGGCCAACCGGCUGACGCUGGAGCUGCAGCGGCGCGGAAGCGCGGCCGGCAUCCCCUCCCCGCAGUCCGACGGCGGGGACCCCGGCCAGCCCGACGACCGCCUGGCCAAAAAGCUGCAGCAGCUGGUCACCGAGAACCCCGGCAAGUCCAUCUCCGUCUUCAUCAACCCCGACGACGUCACCAGGCCCCACUUCAGAAUCGACGACAAGUUUUUCUGAGCCUUUCACAGACGCCUUUGCUGGUUCCGACCCUGAGAUGUCCGCGGCGUGGGGGCACGAGGAUUGUGCUGGGUCUAUGGAGAACAGCGGCUCGAACACGGUUCCUGGGCCCGGGGACGGCGCCGUCUCUCCGGGAGGACGUGACUCCCUCACGUCCAGCCUUCGCUUCUCCUCUCCCUCUGUAACUGUCCUGUGGGCUCUGUUGGGCUGGGCCGGGUCACGGUUUCCUUCCGGUUCUUGAAAGGAGGUCCAGAGCCAUAGCUGCAGAUGCCCAGGGUCUUUCCGGCGCUCUUCCUUCCCUCCUUCCUUCCCUGGGUCAGACUCUGGGCGGCGCCGGGGAAGCCAUCUCCUCACCUAGAAAAAGUCUAUUUUUGUUCGGGGCGUUUUCAUUUUUAACGAGCUUCCAUCACUUGGACCGUUGGAGAGGACCCUCUGAGAAAGAGAGCGCCCUGGUGUUCCUCUGGAUCAGCCCGGGGGGUUUAGGGUUAGGGUUAGGACUCCUCGUUUACUUUUUCCUCCACCAAGAAAAUUCACGGACUUGCCAAGUGAUUAAUGCUACGGAUUUUGUAGCCCCGGAAGCAAUUUCUUUGAAUGUAAUCAUCCUCAAAGCCAGCCUCGGUGGUUGGGGGUGGUCUUGCCAGCUUUCCAGACGAAAUAGGGUGACGAAUGCUAGUUGUAGUGGUGUAAUUAUUUGAAGCCUUAUUUAAAUCCUAUUAAAGAACAUACCAUUGUUAAUGUUAUUUGCACUAAUGAAAUCUCUGCCAUUGUCUUAGUCCUUGUGCGUGUAUGUCCCCCCCUCGACGACCAUCUGCCGGAGAAGGCAGAGGGCCGUCCCGGACUCCUUUCCUGGAAUCAGACUGGAACAGUCUUUGGCACCUGCCCGGCCUUUCUUGCCUGAGACUCGUUUUGAAGGUAGUUGCCUGAAAUUUGAAUAAUUGCCCAAAGUUCAAGCUGAGGGACCGGCCCCCUCCAGAGCGGCCACUUCUCCUGGGGCGGAUACGUCUCUGAACCAGGAGCCAUGAGAGCGGAGCGAGCUUCCCACGCCAGCUGUGGUCUCUGCCAUUCACAAAGCAGGCCUGGAGCAGGAGCACGGCCGGGGCUGGGGCCCUGCCUGGGAAGACACUUUGCUGACUAGAAAGGAUUCUUUGGCCUCUACAUCAAGUCCAGGCUCUGGCUCUUUAUAGAAACAUAAACGGAACUGAGACGAUGCAUUGUUGGCUUGGACGGGAAAGUCACCGGGCCAACCCAAAGGUCGGGCAGCUUCAGCUCCCAGAGCCUCCCUGCUCCUGCCGGAUGCCCCUGAUGGCUGCUGGAGCCGAGGGCUCCCUCAGCAUUCCCUUGGCGGCCUCCGGCGUCCAGAAGCUUGCAGGCCUUAUCCUGGCUGAAGUUGGGUUUUGCCGCCUCGGGUUUGCAUGGGAAUUAAUGUUAUGCUAAUAAAAGAGAAUGAACUUAUUCAACCACCUUCAGUCAAAGGUCAAAUAAUAAUAAUAAAAAAACAGAAUUUUCCUGGCUUCAA